CGCGGCUCGGGAGAGCGCUCCUCCGCCCCGCGCGCGGUCCCUGCGCCCCGCUCCGCCCGCGCCUUGCUGCCCGCGCCGCUCCUCGGGCGUCCAAAGCGCGUCGCCCUUGGCAGCCCAGCUUCAGUCUUCCUCCUCCUCCACCUCCUCUCUCUCCUCCUCCUCCUCCUCCUCCACUGCCGCUGCCGGACACGCAGCCGCAGGCCGGGGCCGGGACGCAGCUGGGGAGUCAGGGACGCGCGCAGCCAGCCCUUCCCCCUCCGGCUCCCGCACCGCCGGCCGCCUCCCCUAGCCCUCCUCCUUUCCCCUCCCUGCUCCUUCGCUUCUUCCUCCUCCUCCUCUACCGGCCCCGGCUGCCAGCAUCAUGUCUGCAGGGGGAGAUUUUGGGAACCCACUGAGAAAAUUCAAGUUAGUGUUCCUGGGGGAGCAGAGCGUCGGAAAGACGUCUCUGAUCACGAGGUUCAUGUAUGACAGCUUCGACAACACAUACCAGGCAACCAUCGGGAUCGACUUCUUGUCAAAAACCAUGUACUUGGAGGACCGCACGGUGCGACUGCAGCUCUGGGACACAGCCGGCCAGGAGCGGUUCCGCAGCCUGAUCCCCAGCUACAUCCGGGACUCCACUGUGGCCGUGGUGGUGUACGACAUCACAAACCUCAACUCCUUCCAACAGACCUCUAAGUGGAUCGAUGACGUCAGGACAGAGAGGGGCAGUGACGUGAUCAUCAUGCUGGUGGGCAACAAGACGGACCUGGCUGACAAGAGGCAGAUAACCAUCGAGGAAGGGGAGCAGCGCGCCAAAGAACUGAGUGUCAUGUUCAUCGAGACCAGUGCAAAGACUGGCUACAACGUGAAGCAGCUCUUCCGACGUGUGGCGUCGGCUCUGCCCGGCAUGGAGAAUGUCCAGGAGAAGAGCAAAGAGGGGAUGAUCGACAUCAAGCUGGACAAACCCCAGGAGCCCCCGGCCAGCGAGGGCGGCUGUUCCUGCUAAUGUGGAGCCUGACCUCGGCUUCCUCCGACACUACUCGCUUGUUGUGUUGCUUCCUAUUGGUUAGCUUCCUAUGGGGGUGGGGAAUGAGUUCAUCAAGAUGGGAGGACUUUUCUUUUCUCUCUGUCUCUAGGAGUAGGGUGGGAUGGGGAGGGAGGCUGGGCAUCAGGGAUCACAUCACUCUUAACAGCUGUUACUCAAACGACUAUUUUUUGGUUUGGUUGUAAUAUAUUGUACUUUAUUAAGAUUGCCAAAAACUGUUAAAAUUAAAAAAAAAUUUAAAUCAUGUGUAUACAACUUUUUGCCAGAUAAAAAUGUAGUCAUUUUUAUUUGAAAGAUGUGCUUUUUGGUUUUGUAUAUUUGUAAACUUAUAGAAAACCUUUUCCACACACCUCCUCCUUCCUGUUCUCUUUGAACUGUCCAACACCUCUGCCUUCCUCCCCUCCCCAGCCCAGUAAAUUAAAACGAUUAACUGAGUAACUUAAUUAGGCUCCAGUCCCGGGCCAUACAGCCCAGAGCAACCAGGCCCCACAUGGUUAAAUCAAACAUUGGUUGAACCAAACAGCCUCCAGAGAGGCUCGGGCCUUCUGUGGGCAGCGAGGGGCAUGAGCAGGGCCCUGAGCUGAAAAGAAAGGCUGUGGACCAUAGGGAGGCCAGGCAGCCCCCGCCAGGAACUGCUUCUGCCUCCCCUUUUCCUACCCUCAAAAGCCUCAAGGGGGCAAAGGGCACAGGAAACCUUGUGUGUUCUGUGCCCACUCAGUGACCAGUAAAGCAAGAGGCCAUCGGAAGGACGGGGUGCUGUUGGCAACUGUGGGCUGAGAUGGUGCGGUUUAUAGACCGGGGCACCCUGUAUAGUUCUGGAAUGUUCUAACCAGCCUGUCAACCAGCACAUAAAGCUGGGUUGACUUAGAAACUCAGUGUGUGACUCCGGGUGGCGUACCACCCUGGAGCCCUCCUCCCAACAGUCAGGGAGGCUGAUAGGGCCUGUACUGAAUGCCGAUGGUCCAUCUGUUAUUGGGUGAGGAAGGCGAUUGGUAGAACCACCUUGAGAGAGACAUGUUCUCAGACCCUCAGUUGCUAAUACAGCUGAGUGUUGUUCUUAAAAAAACAAAAAAACAAAAAAAAACCAAUUUCUUCAUGUUUUCACCCCACUGGCAUGGUACAGUUGAAAUCUUUGUGCACGUACCUUUGUGGAUAUUGUGGCUGCACUGUGGGCACCUGAGGAUAGGAUCAAGGUAAAGACUCCAGAAGGCUGCCUAGGGUACUGGGACCUGCCCCCAGAGAGCCAUUCUCACCAUUCUGACUCAUUCCUGAGAAUGGCUUAGACCUGAGAAACUGUAAAGUCUUGGAAGAAAACUUUCUCUUUGUAACUCACUCGGCUGGCACUCCAAAUUGACCCAGACUUACCACUGCCCCCCCAGCCUGCACGAUGCCAGGUAUUGGGCGGUGGUGACUCAGAAUAACCCCUCUCCCACCCAGCUGGCAUUGGCUCCCUCCAGUCUGCUGAUAGACAUGUCCUAGAUGGGCUAAAUGACCUUCUGAGGUGUACAGGGUGAAUUCCUCCAAAGGCUGAACUCCAACAAGGUAUUUUUGGAAUUCUGGAAUUUCUCAGAAACUACUCCAAAAUGGCAGUCAGCAGGUGUCAGGGCUGAUUUUUGUGUAGUGGGUCUGCCACACACCAUCAGCCUAAGAGCUGAUCUUAAGAGAGGAAUCUAUCUUCAGGUGAAGAGGAAGCAGGAUCCCAGUGGGCACCUCUUCUGGAGGGCAAGGACCAAUGUAUGAGUGUAACUCAAAUGUCACGUGUUUAGUUUUUAUAUGUGUGUACAUAAUUAUAUAUAUAGAUAGACUUGUGUAUACACCUUCCACAGACACAUCCUCACACAGAGAUACAUGUGAUCAAUGUAUAUUCUUGUCUUUCCUGCUCUCAAGUUGGAACUUGCAUUGUGAUAAAAGUUUUGGAAAUUCAAAAGUACUGCGACGUGUUGAAAUAAUAUUCAAUAUUGUCAAAUAAUCUGUGAUUGUCUUGCCAUCAAUAAAAAUAAUGCAUAGAUGUGUUAAAACUACAGGCAAAAAUAGCCCAAGGGAAUAUCUCCACCACCUCUCUAUGUACUUACAUUCAGGGGGCACGUGCCUGCGUGGGCCAAGGUUUCCCUACUUCCCCGCCAUGGGCACACCCCCAAGUGGUGCUUGUUGGAAGAGUGCUUUCUUACCUUGUGAGAAUCUAUGGGAGUCUACAUUACAGCAUCUGGCCUGGCUGGCAGUGAGGACAGUCACUUUGGGCCUCUAGGACAGCUCCGUUGACAGGGAUUUGCACUGGGUCUUGGUGAAUGAAUAUAUGGUGGGUUUUAGUUUUCUUGGCACUCAAGGGUAGCUUUACUUAAAAUAUCCUAUAAAACAAAGUAGAUACUCAGUUCUCUUCUCAUGUGCACACAAUCCAAGGCACCAUGAUGUUUCCCAUCAUGACACAGAGGAGCAGAUGGCAUAGAGAAUGGCAGAUACCAUUUGGAUUGACAUGACCUCAGGGAGUCCUGCUUUUCCUAGACUGCACACAACGUCCUCUCUUGAGUUCAGGCUUUUCCCUGAGCCUGUGGCCUCUGAAGGUAAGGGCAAUUGUCCCUUCUCAUCCUCCCACCCCAGUGGGCCUUGCCAUUCCAUGACCCAGUCAUUCUCAACCUGAUGCCACCCUGCUCUCCCUAGGGUCUGUAAUGGUAACCAGACCUCUUUCACAGAAAUGGGUUGGCUCCUUGGCUAUCAUCUUGAGUCGGUGCCAUUACUAUCCAUUUGCUUGAGGGAGGAUCUUGUCUCAGAAUUAAGGUUUAACAAUAAAUGGCCAGGUCCUCUUGAAGAUGAUGUCAUGAACUUGCUUUGAAAUCCGCAGUGAGACUCCACAUCUUUGCUGAAUCAACACUGGUUAGCAGAGGACGAAGCCUAGGGUUCCUUUUAGGACAUGAUCUCAGUUUAGUCAUCAGCUCCUCUCCCCAAAGCCUAGAGCUGACCUGGCAUUUGGGCAGGAGCCUCUUCUUUUAGCCCACUUUCUCUUUAGGGGACUCAAAGAAAAGUUGUCAGUAAAGCGCCUAUUCCACACCAAAACAAGGCAUCAGAAAAGUCAAGAUCAAAAAAAGCAGAUGGCUUAUUUACAAAGGCACGUAUGCACCAGCAGGAAGGCGGGACCUCAGUAUCUGGAGCACUGUGUGCAGUUGUGUGAUCCCAGGUUAAAAUCUGCUUGGUGGCUAGAGGCCUUCUGCCAUCACUAUCCCCACUGUUUCUGUCACCAUACUGCAGUGUUCCCAGGCCCAAGGAAAGCAAUGGAUAGGUAAGUUCUAGUGUCUCAGGAAACAGAAACAAGAAUUGAAAGUGGUAGCCAAGUGCAGACAUAUCUAGGGUGCAGCGUCUCUAUUAUCCAGUGGCUAACCAGUGCCAGGAGCCCCUAUCUUCAAGUAACAGAUGUGACAAAGGAAUGCCACCGCUGGCUUUGGUGUCCUACAGAUAGAGCAGCCUCAUUCCUUCACAGAUGAAAGCAGGUGAGGAUGUCAGGACCGGAGACCAGGUCACUGAGGACUGCAAAUAGUCAGAGCCAUGUGAGGGGCAGCUGAACAGAUGUAUGUGUGUGCACUGACUAGAGUGUUGUGUGCUAGUUUCCAAACUACCUCUCCCCAAAGAAUGUGAGGCACCGUCACCUUGCCACAGCAGCAUAAGGCAGAGAUCCCAUAACCCUUCCUGUUCUGCAGGCGGAGAAUAAGACCAAGAGGGUGACUUGAUCACCCAGCAAGUCAGGAUGAUCUGAACCAAGGUGUUGCCAUUCUUUAUCCAUCACCAACCUGUGUGUGUCCCUCAGGCCAUCUCUGCUUUGUGGUUAGGAUGUAAGAUUCUUCCCAGUGUAUCUCAGUGAGAUAGGAGAAAAUACAGAUAUUAUUUGGGGUCCCCAAGUCUACUUAGAUCAUCUGGGGUGACCACAGACAUCAGGGCACCCUUUGAAUUUCUGCUUGACAUCAACUAUUUUGGUAUUCCCGAGUCUUGAGACCUCAGUGUGCAGCCUCCCUGGACUCCAGACCUUCCCAUUAGGGUAUGGUUUAUCAACAAAACCUGGCAGUGGGGCUUUGGCUGUUUCCUUCAUGAGGUGGGAAAUCUCCACAGCGUCGAAGGCCAGCCUACAUCUUGUGGUGUAUGUUGACUCCCCAGCUCACUUUCCCCUCUCCCCUCCCUUUAAAGCGAUCUGCUGUGAGGAGCACAGAGGGUGGCCUUUCCAUCUGUUACGGGCUCAGAAGGCAUAGCGGCCAUAUUGACUUUACAUUAAACUGUGUAAAAUGUGGAAAAGACUCAGCAUGUUGGUCAAACAAUAAACUGUCCUAAUUCUCAACACAAA